CCUAUGCUUGUUACGGUUCCACCUCCUCGUCAAGGAGGAUUUGCAAACGGGUUAUUGAACGUUGAUGAUUUGGUGCUUGCUGCUCUUGACAUUUGACGUCUAACAAAAGCGCUGCGAAACUUUCAAGAUUCUUAGAUCAUUUCCCAAUAAAAGCUAGACUGCAGCAUGGACGCAUUUGGUGAUAAAUUUUUCAAGGAAGAAGCCGAAAUUGAUCCUGCAGCUGAGUUCUUGGCACGAGAACAGGAUCAGCUCGCUGGACUCGAAGAUGAACUUGCACCCGUUGCUUUAUCUAACCCUACUCCACCCGCUGUUGAAGAUGACUUUUCGGGAAACUUUGGGGAGCUAAAAGGCGGCCCUGGUGGAGAUGCAGAUGGAAGUUUCGUAAUGAUUAAUGCAGUUGAGCAGCCAGCAGAGAUCCCUGCAAUGGAUAUCCCAGAACCACCUGCCGCUGCUCCUGCUGUCUAUGAGGAGCCUGAGAAAAUCCGAAAAUGGAGGGAAGAACAGAAAACCAGGCUACAAGAAAAAGAUGAGGAAGAAGAGAGAAAAAAAGAAGAAUGGAGAGAGGGGGCGAAAAAAGAACUGGAGGAGUGGUACAAACAUCAUUCCGAAGCAAUCAGCAAGACAAAAGCAACAAAUAGGGAGUCUGCCAAGAAUGCAGAGAAGCAGUUUGUCGCAGAAGCAGAUGAAGUGGAACCUGGAACUGAGUGGGAACGUAUCGCUAAAUUGUGUGAUUUCAAUCCAAAAUCAGCCCGUACUUCCAAGGACGUAUCUCGAAUGCGAUCAAUUAUUUUACAACUAAAGCAAACCCCGCCGGCACCCGUAAAUGCCUAAUCAGCUGAAGCUACGCACGUGGCGUGCUACUACAAUCCUGUUAAUAAUAUUAAUAAUGAAUGUUAGAUAAAUUUUCAAACAACACAUAAUUAAUAUAAUGUAAAGUAUUGUAAUAUCGGAAGGAAGAACAAACGAAAAAAAGGCAAUUAUGUUUUACUCAUACUGAAGUGUAAUCGUAUUACUAAUAAAGUUAUCUGAUAUUGAAA